AAAUUGAUCACUAUCAUACUACUAGCAACAUUUAGUAUUUGCCAUGCACAUUUUAAUGCAAAAGGUGCAACACUACAAGACAGCUCGACUGUAGGAGUGGCACAAGUGAACCUUUGUCAUGAGUGCCAAAGUGGACCUGGAAGUCCUGCCCAAAGAUGCAGAUGCUGCCACAGACACCAGCAAUGUCCGUUCUUCCAGUGACAUCCUGCCACAAAAAGUACAACCGCACAGUAGCACAGCACUCAUUCUGUCAGCAGGGAAGGUGGACACACCUCAGAAUGCUGUUGAGGUCACCAAAGCAAAUGUGACCGUAGACCCAGGGACCACAGCACUGUCACCUCAAGUGGGUGGAACUUGUAGUAUUGUGCAUGUUCUCGAAUGGAAAGAGGGCAUGGCCAUUCUCCCAGGCAGCAAUCUCAAGUUUUGUGUGAGUGAUACGGGAACGCUGGAGGUGAUAAGUCAAGGGAAAAUCGGUUGUGCCAAUCCAGUUGUUGAGGGGCUAUCUGCAAAGGUGACCGAUGCAGAGAACAGGCAAGCUGAAAAAACUGCAGAUAGCACUGCCCUAAAUGUUGUUGGUGGAGUCGGUGGAGUCGUUGGAGUUGGUGGAGCUCCUGUCAAAACAGAGCGGCCAGUGAAAACAAGCCCAGAGCCUAAGGAAGUGUCUGUCCAGUGCAAAACCAAUGACCCCCCGGCACCCAAAAGGACCUACCCCGAAGAGUUACGGCGAGAGCCUCUGCCUGAUAAACAGACAAGCGGAGAGAAGAUUCCUGGGGGCCGAGUGAUGACCCUUGACCCGGAGCUGCUAAAGCCAAUGAAGAAGAGGAAGAGGAGGGACUACCUGAGUCCGUCAGAAGAAGAGUCGGAAAUGGACACUAUGGAGGAGAAAAGUGAAGACUCAAAGACCGAGAGCCGACAGAACAGAUCAGGUCAAGCCGACGGAAAGCUUGAGUCCUGGUCUUGGGGUCAGUAUCUGGAUGAACAGAAGACAGUGGCGGCUCCAGCCCAACUCUUUCAAGAGUCUCACAGAGUUCCACAGUGCAAGAACAACUUCCGCCAAGGCAUGAAGUUGGAGGGAAUUGACCCUCAGCAUCCGUCCAUGUAUUUUGUUCUGACAGUGGCCGAGGUGUGUGGCUAUAGAUUACGGCUCCAUUUUGAUGGGUACUCGGACUGCCACGACUUCUGGGUCAACGCCAACUGUCCAGACAUUCACCCGGCAGGCUGGUGUGAAAGCACAGGUCACAAACUUUACACACCCAAAGGGUGCAAGGAGGAAGAGUUUUCAUGGUCCAGCUAUUUGAGGCUCACAAAAGCACAAGCCGCCCCCAAAGAGCUCUUUGCAAGCGCUGGUCGGACUGAUAUGGAGUGUGGUUUCGAGGUUGGUAUGAAGCUGGAGGCUGUGGACCGCAUGAACCCCUCUCUCAUCUGUGUCGCCACGGUGACUGAUGUGGUGGAUGAUCGCUUCCUUGUUCAUUUUGACAACUGGGACGACACCUAUGACUACUGGUGUGAUGCCACAAGCCCAUACAUCCAUCCAAUAGGCUGGUGCCAGGAGAGAGGCUUGCCCCUUACUCCACCACAAGACUACCCCGACCCUGGCAGGUUCGCUUGGGAACGGUACCUUGAGGAGACAGGCUCCACUGCGGUUCCGGCGGAGAACUUCAAAGUGCGAGCGGCUCAUGGCUUCCAGGCCCAGAUGAAGUUGGAGGCAGUGGACAAACGAAGCCCCGCCCUCAUCAGAGUCGCCACGGUACAGGAAGUGGAGACUCACAGAAUAAAGAUUCACUUCGAUGGCUGGAGUCAUGUGUACGACGAGUGGGUGGACUCGGACAACCCUGACAUCCAUCCGGCGGGCUGGUGCGAAGGCACAGGGCAUCCCUUAAAGGCACCACCAUGCCAGUCCAGCAGCCAACAACCUGGUGCUCUAGAAGUGCCGCCAGUAGGGCAGUCCAACUUCUCCCCGCUGCCCUACAAAGCUAUCAGCCACUCGCGAAACACCUCCAAGUACAGCUUCCACCACAGGAAGUGUCCAACGCCUGGGUGUGAUGGCUCUGGUCACGUGACUGGCCGGUUCACAGCACACCACUGCCUGUCCGGAUGUCCGCUGGCUGAAAGGAAUCAGGGCCGACUCAAAACCGAGCUGUCCGACACCGAGGGGUCUAAGCGGAACAUUCUGGUCUUCGGUCAGCGCUCCAGAAAAUCACGCUACCAUGGCAGGAUUGGGCGUCCCCCGAAGUAUAGAAAGAACCAGCAGAGGAACUAUCAGACUGUGACAACCGAGGGUGUGUACCCCUCCCUCUUCAUGUCGGCCUUGUCUGCACACCAGGACCGCACUCUGUCCCUCUGCUGGGAGCAACACUGCAAGCUGCUGCCCGGAGUGGCCGGCAUCCACGCCAGUCAGGUGGCCAGCUGGAGCGUGGAGGAGGUUUUCGGCUUUGUACAUAAUCUAACAGGGUGUGAGGAGCAAGCUCGUCUGUUCAAAGAUGAGUGUAUCGACGGAGAAGCGUUUCUACUACUGAAUCAAACUGACAUUGUCAAGAUCAUGAGCAUCAAACUGGGCCCUGCCCUGAAGAUCUACAACGCCAUUUUAAUGUUCAAGAGUACUGACGAAGGACUCAAGUGAUUGUUCUUGGCAUUCUGAUCAAUGUGAUAUAUUUUCAUUAUGUGCCAAUUCAUUCUCAAGUCAUUUCCCAUAACUCAUUUGGUAUUUCCCUCAAGUCCCCUCAGAGAGAGAAUCAUUUUAUGUCAUACAUGUUUUCAAGAGGCUCUGCUGUAAAAAAAAAAAAAAAAAAACAUGCUGCCAACUUUAAGUACCGUAUUGAUUCAAUAAUGUGAAAUGUUAAUAAUGCAAUUUCACGUUGAGAGGAGAGGGAAACAACCGACUUUAAGAUGUGUCUGUACAGCAGCGUGAAUAUAUUUAGUGAUGCACUUUACAUUUUCAUCCACUGGGUGGAGCAUAUACGCAUCCCGAGGCAACUGAAGCAAAUUCCAAGUCCCGCAAGGUUAGUUUUAAUAAAUCUAGCUGUUAUUAGUAUGUCUGCCAUAUUUCAAACUGUUUUUAUCGACGUCUGGUUUUCGAUAAUGGUUGGAAAGCACUUAGGCAUAUUAGGUCAAAUAAACGGUUUGGUAUUUGGGAAUAUUUUUGGUUUGAGAGCAAAACCAACUUUUGAUGUUGUAAAUUUGUUUAUAGGACCAAAUUCUCUCUCUGUUGGAGAUAUUUUGUCCCGAUGCUAUUCUUGGUUAAAAUGUCAUUCAAUACAUCAACUUCAAGAAAUCAAUAAAUGUUAAAUGUCAAUUUAUUGUGCAUGCCAUCUUUGAAUGGAGGUUCUUUUUUCCCGAAUUCAUAACUGGGUUGCUAAACAAAAUAUUAAAACUUGUAGCAAUUA